CCGUUGCCACCGCCGCCAUCUUCUCAAGCUCGGAAGACAACGACGCCUGUCAUUGUUCAGUCAUAUUUACCUGUCCCCCAGAACAAAGGCUUUGUUUAUUUGUGACUAUCAAGGGGGUCAGCGUUCCAAAGACUUUCAGUGACUUUUAAAUUAAGUGUAUUUUAGACUUCAUUAAGAAUGAGUCAAGCUACAGGUAAAAAGAAGGGAGGUGGAUUUUUGUCCAGGGCAGCAAAAGCCAAAGAUAAAGCGACGCUGGAACCGAUCACGGAAGAUGAGUUACUUAAGAAGAAAGAUAUUUCACCCGACGAAGUUUUACGUUUGCAAAAAAUCUCAGAAAAGUACUUGUGCUCACCAGAUGCCAACAUUUAUGGUAUUGACUUCACACGUUUCAAACUGCGUGACAUGGAAUCUGGAGCUGUGUUGUUUGAAGUGGCAAAACCUCCCCCAACAGAUGAUGACGACGAUAUGGAUCCAGAAGAAAUUGACCCAAACGCAGGAAGAUUUGUACGAUAUCAGUUCACACCACAGUUCCUCAAAUUGAAAACUGUUGGUGCUACAGUGGAGUUUGUAGUAGGAGAUAAACCUGUGAACAAAUUUCGCAUGAUUGAGAGACAUUACUUCAAAGAAAGAAUGUUGAAAAGCUUUGACUUUGAGUUUGGCUUCUGCAUCCCUCAAAGUAGAAAUACAGUGGAACAUAUAUAUGAAUUUCCUUACCUUUCUCCAGAUGAAAUCGAAGAAAUGAUUGACCACCCAUUCGACACCAGAUCAGACAGUUUCUACUUUGUAGACGACAAACUGAUCAUGCACAACAAAGCAGACUACGCAUACAAUGGUGGAACAUAACAUUGCCUUGCUAUGACCAGCCGGUCUGGACAUAUCAUUGGAGGGCUCACUGCCUGCAGGACACUCUUCAUACCAGCAAACAUGUGCAAACAGAGACAUAUGCCCACCGUGUAAAUACCCACAUUACAGAGACUGUGUGUAGCAGACAAGAGUCACAUAUAGGACGGCUAUGUAUAGUUAAGAUUCAGUAACAAACAGACCCCCGUUUACUAAUGUUAAGGUUAAUACUUUGAAAGGUUCAAUAUAAUGUUUUUUGUUUAUUUUGAAGAUAUUGUGAAACCUUAAAACAGGAUGCCUUGAAAAAAAAUGAUCAAUUAAUUUAAUUUUUUCUUCUAUUUUUGAUCACAAAUAAUGCAUCAAAAUGCUUGGUAAUGCAUGACAGAAAGUUUUGAACUAUUGAAAAAUAACUUUUAUUGCAAAUUCAGUGGUUACUUUCCUUCAAAAUAUAACGUCAUCGGAAAGAAAAUACAUUGGCACCAUCUACAUGAAUGCAUCUUGAUCAACAGGAAGUCAUAACAUGUAUUGUUUGACGUUUGAAUUUACAUGUCAAGUGUAAUAGACGCAUUUUUUGUCAAAUGUUUUUUUUAAAAAUGAAUUGUGACUGAACUGUAUGUAUAGAGCUUAUAGAAUGUUUUUGUUUCCACUUGAUAGGUCUUCAAACAUUAUUUUCUGAGUUGUAAUGGUAAUUUGUAUGUAAUCUUCUCUGUUGAUCACUAACCUCUGCUUGUCUAUUAGCGUGUUAUUUAUUUGAUGAAUCACUUCAUUUAAUUGACUUUGACAGAGUUGUAGAACUGUGAAGACAUUUGUUUGACUUUGACAGAAUCAUAUAACAGGGGAGACGUUUGAUUUACUUUGACAGGGCCAUAUAACAGGGGAGACAUUUGAUUGACUUUGACAGAGUCAUAUAACAGUGGAGACUGUUUAUUGACUUUGACAGGGUCGUAUAACAGGGGAGACGUUUGAUUUACUUUGACAGGGCCAUAUAACAGGGGAGACAUUUGAUUGACUUUGACAGAGUCAUAUAACAGGGAAGACUGUUUAUUGACUUUGACAGAGUCGUAUAACAGGGAAGACUGUUUAUUGACUUUGACAGAGUCGUAUAACAGUGGAGACGUUUGAUUGACUUUGACAGGGUCGUAUAACAGUGGAGACGUUUGAUUGACUUUGACAGAGUCGUAUAACAGGGGAGACUGUUUAUUGUAUUUGACAGAGUCGUAUAACAGGGGAGACAUUCGAUUGACUUUGACAGGGUCGUAUAACAGGGGAGACUGUUUAUUGACUUUGACAGAGUCGUAUAACAGGGGAGACUGUUUAUUGACUUUGACAGAGUCGUAUAACAGGGGAGACAUUCGAUUGACUUUGACAGAGUCGUAUAACAGGGGAGACAUUUGAUUGACUUUGACAGAGUCGUAUAACAGUGGAGACGUUUGAUUGACUUUGACAGAGUCGUAUAACAGGGGAGAUGUUUCAUUGACUUUGACAGAGUCGUAUAACAGGGGAGACGUUUGAUUGACUUUGACAGGGUUGUAUAACAGUGGAGACUGUUUAUUGACUUUGACAGAGUCGUAUAACAGGGGAGACAUUCGAUUGACUUUGACAGAGUCGUAUAAUAGGGGAGACAUUUGAUUGACUUUGACAGAGUCAUAUAACAGGGGAGACUGUUUAUUGACUUUGACAGAGUCGUAUAACAGGGGAGACAUUCGAUUGACUUUGACAGAGUCGUAUAACAGUGGAGACUGUUUAUUGACUUUGACAGGGUCGUAUAACAGGGGAGACGUUUGAUUUACUUUGACAGGGCCAUAUAACAGGGGAGACAUUUGAUUGACUUUGACAGAGUCGUAUAACAGUGGAGACUGUUUAUUGACUUUGACAGGGUCGUAUAACAGGGGAGACGUUUGAUUUACUUUGACAGAGUCGUAUAACAGUGGAGACGUUUGAUUGACUUUGACAGGGUCGUAUAACAGUGGAGACUGUUUAUUGACUUUGACAGAGUCGUAUAACAGGGGAGACGUUUCAUUGACUUUGACAGAGUCAUAUAACAGGGGAGACGUUUGAUUGAAGUUGACAGUCGUAGAACUGUGAGGACAUCUGAUUGACUUUGACAGAAUUGUAGAAUGGGGAAGAUUAUCUACCUGUUGAGUAAUGUAACUGCAAGAGAAGUGACUUAUGGAACAGAUAUAAGUGACAAUUUUAUGUCAAAUGCCUCCUGCGUGCGACUAUUGGAAGCUACACGUCUGUUGAGAUUUGGUUCACUAAGUCUCUAAUCAGCAGCCAAGCAACACACUUGGACAUCAGCAAAGAAAUCCAGAGACAUUGUUUUUAUUGUGUUGAACUAUUUUAUUUUUCAUUUUUUACAAACAACUGCAUUUCUGUUCUGAAAUCUUGCAUAAACUAUCGCAUGUUGGUAAACUGGUGUCGCCAUUGUGAUAAUAUAUACAUAGUAUAUUGAUGGCUGCUAGACAGGGCUCUCUGAUUUUAUACCUCUCAUAUACCUCAAAUAAUAUCAUUUCAUAUCAUGCUGUAAGGGACUUUUUGGUUUAUUAUUUUAAGCAUCCUUAUUGAGUUAGCAGUUUUACUUUUGAUUUCAAAAUCAGGUAUAAAGCCAAAACCUAUUCUAAUAAUUAUCACAUUUCAUCAGAAUGGUUAGUUUUCCUCUUUCAAAUUGUUAAAAAAGAGGAUUCGGAAUUGAAGUUCCUUUUCAAGCUUUAAGGAAAUUCUAAUGUGAUGGAUACAACUUGUUAAAAAUAUAUUUAUUAGAUACAUGUAUAUUAAGUAAAAGUUGAAAUAUUUUUCUUUUUACAUUUUUCUAAAAAAAAAAAAGGUAGGUAUUAUAUAUUAAGAUGUUUCAAGAAGAAAAAAAAAAUAGAAAAAUGAUUUCCUUAGCUCCAUUGCUAAAUGUGUUACAUUAACUUGAUUACUGUGCCAAGUUAGUGUGGUAUUGGUUCAGAAUGUGGUAUAUAUCUGUGUUGCCGACUUUAAAAAAAUUCUGUUAACCCUUGGUAAUGACAUUUUAGAUAUGAAAAAAAAAACAUUUGCAUAUUAAGCAAGUUAUCUGUUUCGGGACAAAGAGUCUUGAGAGCUUCAUGUAUGAAUCAAACUGAAAUGGUAGUUUUAAAAGGCCACCAAAUACCACUAUUGGUAACAUAGUAUAUAGAUCUCAGAAAACAUUUCUAUGUAAUUUUCAUUAUACAAUAAUUUACAAAAUUUACAUUGAAAAGAGGUGCUAAGUGAAAACAUGUUGCAUAUUAGUAAGCAAAAAUCAUUUUAAUUAGUAGUUAUUUAAUUAAAUAAGGUACCAAUUGAAGUAGACAGAAGAUACUUUCCUUUGUGUUAUGUAUUAACAAUUUCUGGAAUUAAUUGUUACAGUGAGAUGAAAAAAA